GGCAGGUCUUAUCUUGUAAUUCUCAAAGAAAUGGCAGCGCAAGUAGUGCAUUUGGCAAGCAACAUCGAGCAAGAGAUUUCUCGUCCAUUGGCUAACUUUCCCCCUACAGUGUGGGGCUAUGACUUUGCUUCACUUCCUUCGUUUAACUCUGAAAUUGAAACCUAUACCAAAAAAGUGGAGGUGCUAAAAGAAAUGGUGAAGGACAUGCUAUUAUUUUCUAAGGAAGAUUUAAUAAAAAAUAUUGAGUUCAUCAAUUUAUUAUGUCGUCUUGGUGUCUCAUAUCAUUUUGAGAAGGAAGUUGAAAAACAAGUUGAUUACAUUUUUAAUGUCUUCCAUGGUGCUAUCGACAAUAACUAUGAUCUUCAUACUGUGGCACUUUUAUUUCGAGUUUUAAGACAGCAUGGAUAUAAAAUAUCUUGUGAUGUGUUCAAGCGAUUCAAGGACAGCGAUGGGAAGUUCAGUGAAACCGUUUCCAAUGAUGUGAAAGGCAUUCUUAGCCUUUACGAAGCAACCUUUGUGAGUAUGCGGGGAGAAGAUAUUCUAGAUGAAGCACUUGCUUUUGCAAGGCCACGCUUGGAGUCAUUGGCUAUGCAAUCAAGUCCUCAUCUCAAGAAACACAUAGAGAAUGCCUUAAACAUGCCUUUCCACAGAGGCCUCCCAAGGGUAGAGGCUAGGAAAUUCAUCUGUUUCUACGAAAAAGAGGAGCCUCACAAUGAAACAUUGCUCAAGUUUGCCAAGUUAGAUUUCAAUCGAGUGCAGUUGAUGCACAAGCAAGAGCUAGGUGUUGUCUCCAGGUGGUGGAAAGAGUUAGAUCUUGCAAAGGAUCUCCCUUAUGCAAGAGAUAGAAUUGUGGAAGGAUACUUUGAAUCAGCUGGACUUCAAUUUGAGCCUAAAUUCGCUCUUUCUCGCAUACGUUUAACCAAGUGUAUACAGAUACUGGCACUGGUGGAUGACACUUAUGAUUCCUAUGGCACACUUGAAGAACUAAAAUGCUUUACAGAUGCACUGGAGAGGGGCAAUGCUGAACAACUACCCAUAGAUUAUCUGAAGAUUGUGUACAAGGCGGUUUUAGAUUUUUUUGCAGAACUGGAAAACGAUGAAGGCAAUGAAGGAAGAUCUUAUUGUCUCAAUUAUACGAAGGAGAGAUUCAAAGAAGUGGUGAGAUCUUAUCUUAAGGAGUCCCAAUGGUUCUAUGAUCGCCAUCUUCCUCCAUUCAAUGAGUAUAUGCAUAAUGCAUUAGUCUCAUCUUGUUUUGCUUUACUUCCACCAGUAUUUUUCCUUGGAGUAGAAAAACUUGCUGGGGUUAAAGAGUUUGAAUGGUUAGAAACUAAUCCAAAACUGGUUGAAGCUUGCAAAUUCUUUGGUCGUGUAGUAAACGACAUGGUGGCACGCAAGGAUGAAGAAAAAGAAGGACAUUGUUUAGCUGGAAAUUGCUACAUGAAAGAAUAUAGUGUCUCAAAAGAGAAGGCGAUGGAAGAGCUUAGAAGGAUGUGUGACAAUGCAUGGAAGGAUGUGAAUGAAGAGAGUAUGAGGCCAACUGUUGUCCCAAUGCCUCUUAUUACGAGUAUAGUAAACCUUGCUCGUGUAAUGGAAGUUGUCUUCCAGUACGAUGAUGGAUACACCGUAGCCACAAGCUUGAAGGAUAAUGUUAUCUUAAUGUUCGUCGAACCAUUAUCUGAAGACUGAGAUAUCAAUAUGGAUGCUCUUUAUAUAUGUAGUUUCGUUUGUUUGCAAAAAGUUCAUGAUUUGCCUUCUUAGUGUGCACAAUAAUAAUAGAAUAAAUCUGCAACUCAAUCCCAGAAGACGAUAUUUCUGGAUUGGAAAUAAUUAUCUGCGUGUAUCUUGUUUUAAU